CCGAAAUGUUGCGAUGCAUGCAGUUUAUUUGGAAGUUAUAUUAUUAAAUAAUGUCAAAUAGAACUGAAAACUUAACUCGCAUCUGAUACAGAGCAACACCGUGUGGACCGUGAAAGCAGCCUCUCUGAGGCUGUUGCUGGGAGCUCCGGCCAAUCAAAGCAUACAGCGCUCCCGUGUCCAGCCGUAAAAUACACCGAGAGAGCGGCCCCAGUACACCGGAGCGUGCAGCGGAGGCGGGGAGGGGCAUCAGCCCGUUUGGGGGGAAUGGCGGAUGGGGAUGCUGUCUUGUCUGUGGAAUGGGACAGUGGUGAUGAGGGUUUAGCCAUGGAUCCAGAGAAAACGCUGACUUUCUGCCACGGGCUGCAGACUAUGGAGAUGACUAUGUCCCUGCAAGGGCUGGAUGUAACCGAAGAAGCUACGGUGCCUGUGAAACAGAUCGAAAUGAGCACAAUCAAUAAGAUGGCGAGGCAUCCAAAGUACUGUCCUGGAGUGAACAACAGUCCAGGUUACCUGUGUGAAACGGGACAUUGCUGCGGGGAGACGGGCUGCUGCACCUACUACUAUGAACUCUGGUGGUUCUGGCUCUUGUGGACGGUGCUCAUCCUCUUCAGCUGUUUCUGUGCUUACCGCCACCGCCGGGCCAAGCUGAGAAUUCAACAGCAGCAGAGGCAAAGAGAAAUCAAUCUGAUCGCUUACAACGGCGCUUGCAACUACCCUUCAUCAAUGCUGGACCUCAGUUUUCUGGCUUCCUUCAAGUUGCCCUCUUACGAGGAGGUUGUUGCGCAGCCCAGCACCCCUCCCCCUCCUUACAGCUCCAUCUUUGCACUGCAGGGAGGUGCCACAGUAGGUCCUAGCUCCUCUUACCCCCAUCAUCACCACCACCGUCACCCCUGCCCUCCCUACUUGGGCCCCGGCCCCAGCGGUCUGACCUCCUCACAGAGCUCUGAUAACUACACCAGCUGCUCCUGUGAGUCUUGCUCCCUCACCUCCCCAUCCAGCACCUCCUUCUCUGUCCAGGUGACGGAUGAGACGUAUGACAGCAGCCACAUGUCCACGCCCAGUGAAGCAGGAGGAGAUUUGGCCGUGGUGCCAAGGGUCGGGGUCCCCUUCACGCUGAUGCCAUCGCCACCCUCGCAGGUUCCACCUGAUGUUAUACCUACUGUCACUCCAGAUGUCAUUCCGGUGCAGAGAUGUUCCUCUAACGGUAGUGAAGGAGUCUCGCCUCCAUCUCAUCCACUUACUCUCACUUUGCACUCCCGUCCUUCACACUCCUCUCGCCUUCCGCUCUCUCCCCUCUCGCUGCUAUCUUCAAUUCCCGCUGGUCAAGUCCACCCUCUCGUUCCAUCGGACCCACUCGAAGCCAUGGCUCUUCAGAGAGCGAAAGAAGAGACGUCACCUCAUGAUCCAAAAACCAGGCCCCUGCACUCAGCUCCUAAGCAGGCUCUCCUCUUAUCAAACGUGGCUGUCUCUGUGCACUGCGGCGGCAAGGAGGAGCAAAAAAGGGAAAAAGAAGAAGAAGAGGAGGACGACGACGAAGACGAGGAUGAGGAGGACCAUUUCCGGCAUCGACGGCUGACGGGUGACUCGGGUAUUGAGGUGUGCCGCUGCCAUGUGAAAAGAGGGCAACAAGAGGAUGAGGAACCAAAGAAGGGGCGCUUCGAUAAGGGAGGGAAAGAUGUCGUGAAGGAAGGGGAGAAGGUGCUGCAGGACGGCGUGGACUGUUCCCAGCAAAAGAAGGUCGCCGCACAGUCGUCCAGCACGGACGACUGCGCGGAGCAGCGCGGCCAUGUCUCUUCGCCUUCUAGCGUCAUCAUUAACAGAAACGAGGCUAUCAUCACUGUGGAGUCCCUGUAAGUAAACAGCCAUGGAAGGAAGGAAAAGUGGGAUAGCAUGUGUAACCGGAUGAGUGACGAAUUAAAGGAAAAAAAGAAAGCGAUCGGUCUUAGGGAAGAUUUGAGCUAUCAGAACAGAUUCACUGCAUCUUAGUGUUGGUUCUACAAAUCUCUGUAAAUCUACUGAAGGGAUGGCACACUAUUUUUUUUGUCCUUUUUUCUUUAAAAAAAAAAGGGGCAUUUGGAUGAUGGUUGUAGAAAGUCUCCAAAAUCUUCCAUUAGUGUAUAACUGAGCUGAGAUCAGGUGACUGCACAGGCAUUAGCAAAAUUAUUGACAUGAUUUUCAUACUCAUCCAACCACCCUGUGACCUCUGAUGGACCGCCCUGUGGAUGGGGACAACCCUGGAAGACUACUACGUUAAUAAGACGAGUGAACUAUACCAACAGCUUCUGGGUUUUCCUUUAAUUUGUCAUCCGCCUGUCGAUGAAGACUUAAGAAGUGAAAAAUGUGAUCACUGAAGAAAAGUCUUGGAGAGCUUACAGAAAUGUCUGCAAGCCAUCAGAUCGGAUGAGUAACAUUUUUAGGAGGGGGUCUCUGUAUUUUAUUUUGGGAUCCCCAGACCUCAAAGUUCUUGUGAUUUAUAAGAGAUGAUUUGGGUUUGUUGUGGAGUACGAGGUGUUCUUUUCUUAAAAUGCAAAUGGCUCAAAAUCCUAAAAAUAAUUCCACUUUCUGCAUCCUUUUCUUGCUAGAGCCACUAUGAUAAAAUGUUUGUCAGUGUUUCUCUGUACGAAGCAUCGAAGCAGCAUUUUUAGCUCUGAAAUGGAGCUCGCAUCACCGGCUGCCAGCCUGUGGAUAUAAAAUAUUCUGACUUUUGUCAAAUCCACACAUUUUAACAUAAAAUAUUGGUCAUCUUUUUAGGCAUUUAAACAUUGAAAGACCUUUUCUUUUUUUUAUUGGAGCCCACUUCCCUUAUCAUAGAUAGAUUGAUUCAGUGGGUCAGUGUUUUAUACCUUGUGUCUUAUGUUGCCUCCUUCUUAAAGAUUUUUUUAAAAAGGGGGGCGGGUACAAACUUUAAUUAAAUGUGCAGGUGGCAAAGCUUUACUAUGAUAUUGUAGUUAUACAUUAUAGUUUCAGACUGUUACAUCAGUAUACUGUAUACUUAGCCAGCUGUUUGUCUUUGGGUUCAGUGCAGUUUUAACGUGCUCCUGCCUUUUGCAAGGCAAUAUCACUCUGAAUCCUCGUGUUGAGUUUUUUACUAGGCGCACACUUUAAGCCUAAACUGAUAAUGAAUGUAAAAGGUUAUGCAUUGCAACAAAAAAACGCACUCAAAGCUGUUUUUUGAGGAUUUUUUUAUAGCAUGAUGCUCGACUGAAAGCUUUUUGUUUGUUUGUUUGUUUGUUUGUUUUUAACAAAAAGAAAAAAAAUAACAGAGUUAUGCCAGCGUGGCAAUCCAGUCUGUAGGCGUGUGCUUCGAGAAGUCACUUUGGAAAGACGUGCCCAUCGUGAUGACUGUUUGUGUCGAGUGAUGCUUGUUAAAUAUCAAAGGUGUAAAUGUACGAUGGAAGCAUCUGAAGUCACAGAACAGAAUCUCCUUUAUUUUAAAUACUGCUGUGGCAAAACGGGAUUUCGCAGAGUCAGACUGUUUUUCUCUAAAUGCCUCCUGGUUGAUGACUAGUUGACAUCCAGAGCAAGGCCAAGGAUUACAUUAGCCUGCCAUGCUCACCUGGCGGGGGAUAGCACAUACGUUCUCUCUCGUAGUUAUCUGUCAGUACAACAAUGUGCUCAAAAAUAAACGGAGAGCGUCUCACAACACAAUUUGUACAUGUUUGUCUUGCCGUAGUUGUUAUUAUGAGACAAGGGUCUCAGUAGUUCGCUGACUGGAGGCCACUUUUUUCGUGUCCCUAGUUGUUUAAUGCCUAAGGGCAAAGCUUUUAACUCUUAGUAGUGUGGAGAGAAAUCUAAUUUAGCACAGUUCACUCCUAAAAAAGAACAAGUCACAUUUGCUCUUUUGAACAUUCAGAUGUGAGUUUGCAUGGAAGUUUGAGUGGCAGUUUGCUUUCUGAUGAUCUCUUGAUGAUCAUCUUCAAAGCACCUCUGCAGUGACUCGCUGAUGGCCUGACAGAGAUGGUUCAUCCUCUGGACAUACUGGCAAAAAAGCCUUUUUGGAGCCUUGCGUUUCUUCUCAUUUUCAUUAGUUUUAGGUAAUGUGUGUCGUUGAUCAGUGGUGCCUAGUUGAAAAAGUAUUUUUCUGUUAGGAAUCCGUAGUUUCCCAGCUAAUCUGAGCGUGUGCGUGCGUGUGUGUGUGGAUUAGGAAUAGCUGUAAAUCGAAUGGCGAAAAUAUUUUCUAAGAGUACUUAGCAGUCUCUUUUUAAAAUGCUCAUAUUACAUGUGAGACUUGCAAAAAUAGUAUUUAGCAAUAGUAUUCACACUUUUUUUUCCUUAUUCUGGUUUAUGCUGGCUGACAGGAAAUGAGAUGAACUGAAAUGACAUUUACCUCUUUAUGACUCAUAUGCUAGCUGUGCUGGGCAAAGGCCCUCGAUUGUACAAACACAGCAGUUUUUAAAAAAAAUGCCUUUGGCGUAAGUGCAAGCUUAUAUUAUCGGGUUGUAUUUUAAAGCCCCAGUGUGUGUCUUGCAUGUUACUGACCUUAAACUUUAGUGUUUUGUAUUGAUUUUUUUUUAAGCUCAUCUGACUGAAGGUUCAGUGCGCUUACGCCAUAGCGAGGCAUCCGUCGUCCGUUUGUCCCACCGCAAUUCACAAGAAUCCAUACUCCUCCCAGAGUACUGGUCAGAUUUUAAUGAAACACAGUGAUCACCUGAUGUGUCUUCACCCACACUGUGCUCAAGGUCAAGGCUGUACAAGUCAUUUUUACAAGAAUCGCUUCUCCUCCUGGAGUAUUGGUCUGUCUUUAGUGAAGCAAGGCUAGAUAAUCCUGGAUACGACUGUUUGUGAGCCUCCUUGACUUCUCCCUCGACUUUAAUUAUCAUUCAUUUGUGCAAAAGAGCCGCACAGCUUUCUUUCUGUACUUCACACAUUACAACAACCUUUGAACUGUGAUGGAUCAUGAAGCAAAUGAGCUGUAAUGUCACUGACGCUUUGGUUAGUGAGUGCUUAGUUUUUUUACAUUUUAUUGUAGAUUUUAAUUAGGAUAAUUGUCUUAAGGGGCAUCAUUCUGUUUUAAAUUUUACACUUAGAAAAGAGGCCAAAAAAUACCAUUUUUAUAUGGCGUCCUCUUGAUAUUAGUUUAGAAAGUAUCCAUCCACUUUCUUCCGCUUAUCCAGUUCAGGGUCAUGGAGGCUUAGCUGGAGCCUUUGCCAGCUGCCAUAGAGCAGAGGUGGGGUACACUCUGGACACGUUGCCAGUCUCAUAUUCAUAUGAAUGGGCAAUUUACAAUGCUUGGAGUCUGAGAGUAAGCCAGAAAGAACAGGGAAAACAUGCAGACUCCCAGAAACACUUCAUGGAUUUGAACCCAAGACCUUCUUGCUGUGAGGCAACAGGUUCAACCACUGCACUACUGGCAUAGAAGCUAUUAACAAAAACACAAAGUUAGCGUGUGGAUCUAUCGGAUACUAGCUGAGGUGGUUCAGGCAUCCGAUUAGAAUGCCUCCUGGGUGAGAUUUCCUGGGCAUGCCCCCGUGGAAAGAGGCCCCGGGGUAGGCCCAGGCCACGCCGGAGACACUACGUCCCUCAGCACUGCCUGGGAAUGCCUCGGUGCUUUCCCCGAAUGAGCUGAAGGAGGUGGCUGGGGAGAGGGAGGUUUGGGAUUCCCUUUUGAUCCAGCCCCAGAUGAGCUGGUGGAAAGCGGAUGGAUGGAUGGAUGUUUAAUUUCUAUGACUGAACCUGAACAAGAUGGUGAAACAUAGGAGUCACACACUGGGGUUUAUUGUAUCCCGACUCCUGCUUUCAUUUGACGUCAGUGUAAAUAGAAGCGGUUUGAUUUGUCUCGCCUUGUCAGAAGCCAAUUUGUGUGGAGAAAUAUGCCCCAGAUUUUACCUUUGUUACCACUCUUUGGCCAAGGCCUGAUAUAAGACUGUUACCUCGCUCGAGUUUUGACUGUAAAGGACUGUUCUCUCCUUCUGAAGAUAGUAUCUACUAUAUAUUUGUACUGAUUUUAUUUUGUAAUGCCAAAAGUUAAAGAAUUGAAUAAAAAUACAAAAAAAAAACCAAACCUCACAUUGGUACAGCCGUUGAACCAUUUUGCCAGAAAACAAAAAACAAAACAUCCAAUCCUUUUGAUUCAGGAUAACUCAAGACUGUCUCCUUCUACUCCUGCAGCUACGAGACAGCAGCAUAUAUAGCAGUAUGUAUAUGUGACUGUACAUGGAAUAGUUCCGAUUAAUAUUACUACAACAUGUGGUGUACUUUGAAGGUAUCUUUGUGCAAUUCUACCUGCGGCUCUUCAGCGUGUCGUACGUAUGUGUGAGAGAGUAACCGUGCCGUUUUCUUGUUAAAAAUCACUGUCGCUUAUUGUGAGGAUAAUGUUGAGUAUAAUGUUAACAUAAUAACUGUCGAUUUAAAAAAAAAAAGCCAAAACUUUUUCGUGUCAUCAUGGAUAUCAAGUUGAUUUUGUAUCUUGGUGUAAAGCAGAUUCAGAGGUUUCCGAUGCAUACUGAGUGAGAUGUUCUCACGUUUGUUGUGUCUGUUUGGUUGCACACCAUCAUGUUUUUUUGCUUUGUUUGUUUGGGGGGGUUUUUUUUUGUUUUGUUUUUUGUUUUUUAGAAGGUGGGGUUGUAUUUAGAUUUCUUCCAUCUCACUGAUCAUCACUGAGAUUCUGCGAUAUUGGACGCAGACGUCUGCUUAACUCUAUUGAACAGAAAACUGUGGAUUUUGUGUCAAAAUAAAUGUGCUACCAAAUA